AUGUCGCCUGUCUCGAGGUUGCCGGACUCGGCAAACUGGAGCUACACGCCUGUGAACUUGAAUAGCAACCUCGGCCUAGCUUCCGCUCUGCUGCCCACGGAGGCCGUCGGCAAUGGAUCUGCGCUGGUGAUCACGGCCUUCAGCACGGAGGUCUCGGAUGGCCUCGGUGGGGGCAGGGCGUGGACUCGGGCCGGGCGGCCGGUCGAGGCUGCUGCGCCCCUCGUCGACGUCUCACUGUUCGAGCUGCAAACCCAGAGGUCGCUGGAGGUCCGCGUUGCGGACGACACGCCCAUCUACGUGCGGGUCGCCCUUGCGUCACCGGAGGCAAACUGGAUCUGCGCCUACCUGGACGGCGACACCUGGUCGCAGCAAGGCGUGCGCCUGGCAAGCGCGGCCGAGCUCCGGGCUGUCAACGCCACGGACACCUCCGGCACCUGGUGCGCGACGGUCCACCUCUCCAUCUUCGGCAUCUUCAUGGACAUCCUCCUGGACUGCACGUGGAAUGCCAACAUGCUGACGGCGGAGGGGCUCCGGGAGCUCGUGGAGCGAGAGGGCUGGUGGGUGCGCCCUCCGGCUCUGGGGCUUUGGCUUCUGUUGGGCACGUCGCUGCUGCUCAUCACCUUCGGCUGCUGCCGCGACGCCCGCGUCCGCCGCUCGGGGCUCUGGCGGGACGACUACUUCCUCGCGGAGCUGCCGCCGGCUCAGCUUCCGAGACGCCGGGCCUGCGAAGCCACCGGUGCCGGCACCGAGCCGCCCAAGGCGUCCGAGCCGCCCAAGGCAUCCGAGCCGCCGCGUGCGGUCCGACAGAGCAGCCGGUCCCCGUGGUCGCAGCUGCGUGGGAUUGCUGGGAUGUCGGGGAUAUCCGAAUCGCCGGCGCAAUUGGUGCAGCUGCAGAAGCACAUGCUCCAGAGGGCGAAGCCCACACUGGCAUCCGGCUUGCUGGAGCACACGAUGUGCCGCAACACUUUGUGGGAGGCUGCUCGGUGCCACCAGCUGCACGUCAGCACCAUCGAAACUCAUAUCUGGGGUCGCCGUGGUUGGGUUCAGGGCAGCUUGGCCGCACAGCGGUCUCCUUUGAUCAAGGAGCUCGCCUUGAAGAUGGAGGAGACCCUGCCGUCUGCCUUCGUGAAGAUUCACACGUCCCGUGUACAUCGGCUCUGGGCCGCACUGGUGGCAACGCACCCCGUCUACGAGCUUUGCCUGUGUGACAUCCACGUGACUGCAGCCAAGCGGGCCAAGAUCAUGAUGGACUGUGUCUUGGGCUCCUUGUCCUUUGUAGCCCUCUUCUUUUCCGUCGAUGGCUCAGCCGUGGCAGCAAGCAGCCCAGCUGAAUGUCCCAUUGAGCAGGGGUCAUUCCUGUGGUACACGUUCGUCGCCCUGUUCUCCGUGCUGCUGAACCUCGCCCCGCGCAGCCUGGAAUUCCACCUGGCUUGGCGCAGCUUCGUGCAAGCUGAGCAAGGGAAGUCGGGCCGUCGGCGCUGGCACGAGUGGCGACGGUGUCUCAAGGACGUGGCGUUCUGGAUGUUCAGCAUUUGCCUCUCGCUCCUCCAUCUCCUUGUCGUCACGGCUUUUCUGGCGAACCUGUCGGAAGCCGACGAGUUCAAGUGGAUGUUUGCCUUUGCAGUGGUCCUCCUACGAAAGCUGGUGAUCGUCCCUCUCCUGACGUGCUUGUUCUCGAGUCUCGGCACAGAGCUCAUCUGCACACGGGGACCGGUCUUGCCACCAAAGAAGCUGGGACUGGAUCUUCAACAGCUUGACCUUGCCAAGCCCGGUGCCACGUGCGACGCGCGCGACGCGCGCGACGCGCGCGACGGGCGCGGGCAGGAAGACCCGGAGGGUGCAGGAGGCGACCCAGGCGAGCUCUGGCGGGAGAAAGUCCGGGAGCUGGCAGGCCGUGGCCUGACCAUCCGGCAGCUCCUCGACUUCUACGCCGGCCUGGGGCGUGGCAACAUGAAGCACUUUGAUCCUGGCCAGUCGACGACGCACGACGUGGUGCGCCAAGCCAUCAUCCCACGGUCUCUGCAGUGGCGGGAGGCGCGCUACUUCCUUGUGGCGGUCCACAGGGCCAUCGACCUCCCCGACCUCCCCUCCAACUCCCUCUCCGGCCGAUGCUGCGCGGUGUCCGUGCAGGGGCCCGAUGCCGCGCCGAAGCCGUGGAAGGGCGGCGGACGCACAGCCGCGGUGAACGACCGGAGCCCCACCUGGGAGGAGGCCUUCAUCCUGGAGGAUGUCACGCAAGAGGACACCCUUCACCUCAGCAUCUGGGACCACUCGCUCUCGAGCGACAACGGUUUCGGCAGCACCUCCCUUUCUGCGAAGAGCUUCUGGCACGGGCUGAGUGUCGUGCAGCAGCUCGAAGACACUCAAGACGGCGGCGGCUUUCUGGAUGUGUCCAUGACGGCUUUCAUGACCCUGGCAAGAGCCCUCCAAGCAAAGGAGGCGGCUCAUGUCGCGAGCUUCUCCAGAUCGCCAUCUCGCCUUCCAUCCCUGAGACAAGCAAGUCGAGAAAGUGGAGGUGGGCGAGAGGACGUCGACGAGGAGGCCGUCGUCCGCGGAGGCUUCUACCCUAGGAAGCCGGCCCUGAGUGCCUCGCGUGGGCGGCUGGCAGGAGAGGAAGCCCAAUGCGAAGGCUAUGCAUAUGCCACUGCGGUCAACGCUGGCUGCGCGCACCUAGCAGUCAAGAUGGUGACCCACAGCUGGCGGAACAAGUUCACCCAUCUUCUGGCCGCAAUCCUGGCCGAUGCCCUGGAUGCGGAGAAGUACGAGGAGAUUGCGCGGAGCCUUGGUGAGCGUGAGUUUGGCACGCUGACCAAGGCCUUGCGCAAGCGAGAUAAGCUCGAUGUCCGCUACUGGAUCUGUGCCUUCUCAGUGAACCAGCAUGCGGGAAUUUGUGCAAGCCCGCCGCCCGCCGACUCGACGGGUCACGCCAUCAUACCCUGCAGCUGUACGACCCCAAAGCAUUUCGAAGGAGAUCUGAGCGAGAUGAACAAGUUCGAUGACAUGAUGGCCUACCUCAAGAAGUCUCUACGCCGGCAGGGCCAGGCGCGCUUGGAGCAGGUGGUCGCCAUGGAGGCCGGAAAUAUCUGGUAG